AUGCCGAGAGCGGGAGGCAGCCGUCGCGACAAGACACCCGACAGCAUACUGCCGGAAUCAAGAAUCGUCAACGAAGAGGGGGUGGACAAGAGACCUGCGGCACCGAGCUCGCGGCUCCCCUACUCUCGCCGCCACGGCGCCACCCGUGUCGGAAUCUGCGGCCUGAGCCGACCUACCGCCACGGUGUCUCGCCACCACCGCGGCCGCAGGCACACGCUGCUUUGCUCCGCGCAUCCCGGGACCACCGUCUCCGUCGCGAGUACCGUCCCGCGGGGGACCAGAAAUUUCAGCUUCGGCCGCGACGAGCUCCAGACGCUGUGCCAAGAACUCAGCCCGGAGGCCGCCGUUAGCCUGCUCGACGAAAUGCUUCAGCAUGAAGGCUCCGGCGGCGGCGCGGCGGCCGAGCUCGGGCCCGAGGAGCAAGCCGCGGUGCUCCAGGCCUGCGCCAACACACGCUCGCUGGCCGCGCUCAGGCGAGUGCACCGCCUGCUCUCUUCAACGUCCGGGUCCGUGAUCCCCGCGCCCGUCCUGCACAGGAUCGCCACGCUGUACGUCAAGCUCGGCGCCCGCGGCGACGCGCGGCGCGUCCUCGACGGGUCGUCGAGGUGGCCGCCGCAGCAGCCGGGGAAGGGGAACGAGGAGGACGCGGCGGUUCGGGCGAAGCGGCGGGAGGCGUACGAGAAGGUGCGGGGGCUGCACGAGCAGAUCCGCUCGGCGGGGUACGUGCCGGACACGAGCCACGUCAUGCACGACAUCGACGAGGACGCCAAGGCCCGCGCGCUCAUGUACCACAGCGAGCGCCUGGCCAUCGCGUUCGGGCUGGUGAGCACCCCGCCAGGCACGCCGCUCCGCGUCACGAAGAACCUGCGCAUCUGCGGGGACUGCCACAACGCGGUCAAGCUCAUCGCCAAGGUCACCGGCCGCGAGAUGGUCGUCAGGGACAACAAGCUUGCUGAGACUACUGGUGAGGGGCCUUCUCCUCCACAACUGCAAUUGACACGCAUUUCCUCCAUUGCCGUAGCUGAAGUUCUUGACUAAAGCUUGUGAAUUCCUAUACUUGUAAGUGGCAAGAGGAGGAUGAAACAAUUUGCGUAGCCAACUAAUAAUGGCUUGAUGCAUUGGCCAGAAAAA